AUUCCAAUGAACUGUCAGUGGUGGCCGGUGCAUGGCUAAACUGACAUGGCCAUAGACAUAGUUAAGGGGGGUGGUCAUGGCGUAUCUAAUGUUUACCUUGAAUAUUGACAAAUUUGUAAAGAAUAUCCUGUUUGGUUUUGUUUUUUUGUUAAUUAUGUAGCGAAGUUUGUGAAAUUGUGAUAGCAAAUUAAAUAUGAAGUGGUUUAAACAUUGGAUACGCCUAUGGAUUAUGGAUGACAGUUUCGCCAUCCAGCAGCCAUAUUAUAUCACGUGAUUUGGAAUGCCUAAUUGAAAAUAUCGAGCGAUUUUCAUGUAAUAAUAAUUAUUAUUAUUAUUGAUUGUAUUAUGUAUUAUAUGUAUUUCAAUUGAAGAAUGACAACAAUGGAGUAAUACGUUAAAAUACAAGUUUUUGCACAUAUCGUGUAUUUUUUAUUAGCUAUGGAAGUAAAACCUGAAAUUAAGGAAGAGUUCCUUGAAGAUGACUCUAGGUAUAUAAAAAGUCAGCCAUUCACAUUCAUUGAUAUGGGAGACUUUAGGAAUGAACCAGAAAGUAACUCAGUAAAAGCUGAAAUUAAAGAAGAAUUUGUUGAAUGUACCUCAAGAUAUAUAGAGAGUCAGCCAUCCACAUCCCUUGAUCUGGGUGACUUAAGGAAUGAACCAGACGGUAACUCAGUAAAAGCUGAAAUUAAAGAAGAGUUUGUUGAAGGUGGCUUAAAAUAUUUAGAGAGUCAGCCAUCCACAUCCCUUGAUCUGGGAGACUUGAGGAAUGAAGCAGAAGGUAACUCAGCAGAAACAGCUGAAAUUAAAGAAGAGUUUGUUGAAGGUGGCUCAAAAUAUUUAGAAAGUCAGUUAUAUACAUCCUUUGAUAUGGGACUGGGAGACUUGAAAAAUGAACCAGAUGAGUAUAACUCAGGCUUUUUUGAAGAAGACUACACAUCAGAAACUAUGACAACAAUAUCGGUACGUUCGUGUAAUAAAGAUCGACGUUUAGGCAGACCUGUUGAAGAAAAAAUAACAUGUAAAAUUUGUUUUAAGCAACUUGCCCAUAGAAAGUCCUUAAACAAACACAUGAUAGUUCACACAGGAGAAAAGCCUCAUAAGUGCGAAAUUUGCGUUAAACAGUUUGCCAAAGCAAGUAAUUUAAAAACACAUUUGAGAUUACACACAGGAGAAAAACCUUUUAAGUGCGAAAUUUGUUCGAAGCAGUUUACUACAGCAUCUAGUUUGAAAAUACAUAUCAGGACACACACUGGAGAAAAACCUUACAAGUGCAAAAUUUGUUUUAAACAGUUUAGUAUAGGGCACCAUUUGAAAGAUCAUCAAAAAACGCACACUGGUGAAAAACCUUACCAGUGUGAAACUUGUUUUAAAUGGUUUACUGCAUUAAGUUCUUUGAAAACACAUUUGACGAUGCACACUGGAGACCAAUCUUACAAGUGUGAAAUUUGUUUUAAGCGUUGGGAAAGAAAAAGCGAAUUAAUUAAUCAUAUGCAAAUUCACAUUCCAUCACAUUCACGUCACACAGAACAAAAUCCUUCUUCUUCAUCUUAACUGGCUUUACGGCAGGACAGCGCGGUCACACAUUUCUAGGUCCCAGAAUAUUUAAUAAACUACCAGUGGAGCUAAAAACCGUGAAUUCAUUUGGAUUGUUUAAAAAGAAACUAAAAGAAUAUAUUUCAAGCGCAGGCAUACAUAUGGUAUAUGUUAAUAGAUAUUAAAAAUAAUUAAAAACAAAAAUUAAUUAUCCAUAUUAUAAUAAUAAAUAUAUUCUUAUUUUAGUAAUA